CUGGGGCUGGGUGUGGGGCAGCCCUGGAGGGGUGAGGGUCCAAAGAUCAGGGGAGCUGAGGCCCAUGUUGACAGGCGGGACCAGCGUGGAGCGGGGUGAUCGGAUGGCAGGGGCCAGGGCCGGCGGAGGGGGCAUGCGGUGCUCAUUGAGGUUGUGGGUUCUGCUGGGCUCCCUGGGCCUUGUCUUUCUCACCUCCCUCUUCUUCUCCAUCUCUCUGAGGGGGGGCGUUGGCCUGCCCUACCUGGAGCCCCCUGGGUGGGAAAAGUCCAGCCGAGUAAAACUAGUGCCCAACUACUCUGUUGUCCACCAGCUGGGCCCACUGGAGAGCACCCAGCAGCAGAAGACAUGUGCCUGUCCCCGCUGUGUGGGGGACCCUGGGGUGUCGGACUGGUUUGAUGAGAACUACGACCCGGACAUCUCGCCUGUGUGGACACGGGACAACAUCCAGCUGCCUUCAGAAGUCUACUACUGGUGGGUGAUGCUGCAACCUCAGUUCAAGCCCCACACUAUCCAGCAGGUACUGCUGCGGCUGUUCCAGGUGAUCCCUGGCCGCUCUCCCUAUGGCUCCUGGGACCCCGCCCGCUGCCUGCGCUGUGCCGUGGUGGGGAACUCUGGCAACAUGCGUGGGGCCGGUUACGGACCCACCAUAGACAGCCACAACUACAUCAUGAGGAUCAAUCUGGCGCCCACUCUGGGCUAUGAGGAGGAUGCAGGCAGCCACACCACCCACCACUUCAUGUACCCAGAGAGUGCCAAGAACCUGGCAGCCAAUGUCAGCUUCGUCCUGGUGCCCUUCAAGACCCUGGAUCUGCUAUGGAUCACCAGCGCACUCUCCACUGGACAGAUUCGCUUGUGAGAGCAAAACUGCCAGCACAUACACGCAGUCCAUUCAGUUCCGGUCCUUGCUGUUCUGCAGCCCUAAGCUAGACCAAAAAAUGCUGCUUGACUUUAAAAAGUCCCAGUAAGCAAAAUUAUGUUGAAAAGACAACUAAAAGAUUCAAUUUAGGUUCUGAAUGAAUGUUGAAAGUAUAUUUUUUCCGUAUGUUUAGAAUACUUGUUUUAACUUUUCAGAUGUUGAAGUCGGGCUCAUUUUUGGUUCUGAAUGAAGGUUGAAAAUACGUCAUUUAUAGACGUCUAUGAUUGGUUCAGAUUUGGCCCGUACCGGAUGUAGAAAUCAGGGCCGGUCCAGACUGCACCAAAAAAAAGAUUGUCCAAAAGGCGCCGGCAUCAGUCCGUGUUUACUGAGGUGCACCCGACAGUGUUGCCUGACAGUACAUUUUAUGAAUGCCCAUCUAUGUGGUGAGCCUACCGUUUGUAAAAUACCCCCAAAACAAUGUCCAAAAGACAUUGGCUUGUGCUUCAUGGGAUGAAGCCUAAUGUGGUGCCCCAAAAUGGGAUGAAGCCUAAUGUGGUGCCCCAAAAUGGGGUGAAGCCUAAUGUGUUGCCCCAAAAUGGGAUGAAGC